AUGAAAUUUCGUGCUAAGACGGUAGUAGCAAUUGAAUGCCUUCAGAAGAGAAAGGCUAAGAUUCAUGAGGAGGUCGUGGAUGUACAGUCGAGGACGAGAAAGGCUGAGGAGGAGCUGAAGGCCGUCGUGGCGGAGUACGAGGGGAAAAAUAAGGGUUUCACAGAUGAUAGACUGCAACUGCAACAUCAAAUACGACACCUCAAGGCGACCCUACUCGGUGAAGGAGGGCGGAGCGACGCAGGAGCUUCCGAGUUAGCGGCUUGUGAGGCCCAGCGGACGAAGGCUGAUUCAGCGUAUACGCAUUUGAAUGCUUAUGCUCAGCAGGCUAGGAACUUCGUGGCGCGUGACGCGGAUGUCGAGCUGGUUGGUGUCUUCGUCUUCGCAACCGCCGACCAACAGCAGCUCGUUGAGCAGUUCGUCAGCAGCGUUCUGCUCACUCAGCUGGACUCGACGGACGGAGGGCUGCACCUUCACGUUCGGGUAGGGAGACCGGAGGCGGCCAGGGCUCGAUCCACAUUCGUGGUCUUUGCCGAGCCUGACAAUCUAGUCUUCGGUGGUUGGCUCGAUGACAUCAACACCUGCAUGGCAGACAGGUCGAGUAGUGUAUGCUGCAUGGCACUCGGGGAGGGUCGGGCACUCUGUGAUGACGGCCUCUUCGCAAUACGCUGUACGCAAGAGGGCAUUCAAAUGGUCAGAGACCUCCGCCAGCGCCUGGCCACUGUUGAGCCCCGGACCCUCGAUUCCGACCGGAAUGUCUAUGCCGCUCUCAACUGGGGGCUCAAGUCCCUGCCUCGCUCCGAAGUGAAGUACCUUCCCAUAGGGACCUACCGGAACCUACUUGGGAACGACAGGCUGGUCACCAGCUAUGACGCUCGUACCAUGUUGAAGGCGUAUCGAGCCACUCCUCCACUGGGAGAGGCCGAAUCCCCGGAGGUAGCUCUGGAACAUCUGCUCAGGAUCAGAGCCAACGUUCUGGAGGAGAAACUCGCCAUGACGGAAAUUGAUGUACGGUCGGAGGUAGCAGUAGCGUAUCUACCAUUGCUGAAGACCUGUAUCUACUCCCUCAAGACCGUGACUCCCUAUACAGCGGGAGAGGACGCUAUGAACGCCAUCAUGGCCGAUGACUUGGCCGCUGUGGCUGAGGUCCAGCUCCAGGGGAGAGAUCGGCGAUCGACUCUCGACAAAUGUCGUCAAUGGCUACCGCCUACCCCAUCGUAUUCGGAGAAGCUGGACGCGCUGGUAGAGCGGUGGAUGAAGGAGAGAUAUUAUUCGGACCCGAUACCUUAUGGUCAUCCCCUUCAAGUGCCGCCGGCUUGGAGUCGGGUCAUGCCACAAUUGUCGAGACCACGGCAUGCAGUGGAUGGAAGUAUUGCUGCACAAGGUGACCAAAUGGCCAUGGCGGAGGGUCCGAUGGAGGUGUGGUCGCAGCCCGGUCAGGCCACGAUUGACGGUGUGGAGGAUCUGGGCCCAGAGGGGGGUCGAGAGCACCUGCUAGUGAACCCGCUGAAGUUGGCCGGGAUCAGAGGGGAGAAGAGCAUCAAUCCUAUGCUGGCCUUCGAGCUCAUGGAUGCUGUGGAUAGAGAGGCGAGGGCCAACGGGGUACCUCUCGGUCGGUCGUCACGUGAGUCUGCGUGCUGCAUCCCCGUACUAGGGUACAUCCUCGGUGUCAACGCUGAAGAUAGCACCGCCGUUCCUGCUGCCUCCACCUACUUGUUGCCGGCUAAAUCGGGGCUGGUUCUGUCUGAGCUCCGGUCUCUGUGUUCCAUGUGCAAGCUGGUGCGAAAUGAUCAGCGUGUGUGCAUCCCAACGCAGGAGGCCAACGUCAGUCCACUACGGAAAACACUGCAGCACGAGACAUACUACUAUAACGACGUGAUGAGGCACCUCUUCAACGAGUAUCCCCACGCAGAGGUGGGGUUAUCGAGACGUCGACGAGAGCCCCGUGAUCCAGUAGCUGCUAGGGAGAUCGUUGCCUUACUACUCACAGACAGAACCACUGACCGUGACGCCUCUCAUAUGCAGUUCAUAUAUCAGCUCCUACCCGUCGUGGCGAACAUGAUAGACCUCGUUGGAGCUAUCCAGACGUUCUCAUCUAGGCUCAUGCCUGCAGGCCUAUCCUGUGAUGCCGCAGAACGGCUGAUGCAUGCUAGCUUCGUCUUCGACUGUCCGAAGCUCUUCCGGUACAUAUGCAUGCACACUGCAACGCCAAUCCACCGAGGUGUCUAUGACUGGCCUAGCCUACUGUACGCUCUUUUGGAACAGCCCGAUGCACAGGCGUACCUCUCUCCCCUGCUCACCAAGAUGUGUCGUGAUGAAGUCGCCCUCCGAGUUAUCGACCGAAUUCACACCGUGGGACCGUCCUUGAAAGACCUCGAAAGAGUGAGGUCCUUAGACUUCCUUUCUAAGCUGGCAUGGGGCCAGCCCGUGCAUCUCCGACAGUCAGACCUAGUUUACACCAAGUUGCCAACAAUAGACCAAGUGGGACCACUGAAGAACGUGAAGGUUGUCCCAAUACCGAAAGCACAAGGCCCAGCCGAGUGGUGGAGCGGUGGAGUGAACAUCAUGCGCCGUAAGGGGAAGGCUCUCAACGACGGUGUCCCAGACAUCGCUGCUGUGACUUAG